AUGCAGCUUUUACUGGAUCUCGUGGUCCAUCUGCAGACAGCUGGUGUCACUACAUGCUGCUACGGAGAUUUCAUGCGUCCACUAGGUUACGCACCUUUACUGGAUUACCUAAAUGAAGGUAAAGAUAAAAGUUAG